GUAUCGACGCUCGACGUUGGUUCAGUUUUCCCUCGUCUGUCAGUGGUCUCACAUCACUUGCGCUCGGCGUCGUCGGUAAAGGCGCGAUUAACUGUACCGUGUGUAUGCUGAUGGUGAUAAAACGCGCGCGCCUGGUAGUUCAACCCUGGUUGGCGUUUGUGUAUGAAGUGUUGGCGUUAGACGGAACCGGCUUUGGGUUGCCCUAAUGAGUGAUUCAGUUUUGGUCCAGCGGUCCGGUGAAAUUUGGGAAAAUUAUGCUGCUGCAGAUUGCCACAGCAGGUGGUGAAGUAGUGAAUUAGUUGUGAUCGCACCACCCAGUGCGGCAUUAGAUACGUUUUCCUUUGAUACUGAUCGGAUGUGCUGAACAGGUGACAUUGCUGUCACACUCGUCGUGGAGUUAUUUUCGGAAGUGGUGGAACAAUGUACCAGUUUUGUAUUGGAUUUUAUUGAAUGAUCGACGGGUGAGAAUAAUCAGCGGAGACGUGACAACUUAGUUCAUGUUUUGUGGCUUGGCACUUGUCUUUUGGAUUGGAUUCAAAAUAAGAUGUGACAGAGCUUGAUUGGAUCAGUUCGGUCCACUUCUCCAAUCCCCGCACUGCACCACCGACAGGAUUCACGCUGAUAAAUUGCGGCACGAUCCGGACUGAAAGACCUGCAGUCUGCCGCCCGUGCGGUGACCAAGUGUAUGUACAUAUACGAAAAUAACUCUAUUCAUUCGGUCGAGCGUUGCGAACCCCCCCGUGAACCGUGACCAGUGCCAGUGGCGUAAAACGGCAGCCGUUUGUUGUCGUUGGAAAAAUUAAUGUGACACGACCGUGAAAUAAUGGAACGCUCAUCAUCGCGCAAAACACGUGUGCGCGUGUAUGUGUGUGAAACAGCAAUGAAGAAUAAUUGAAAUGUUGGAUCAAACUUGACGAUGAAAAACGGCAACAGACUUGGUUGGAAAUUAAUUCACCUCGGAGAGAAGAAGACACGAUAUACGUUUAAUAUAGCAGCGAUUACAACAGCGUCAUCCAGUACAGUAGGGACUGCUGCUAAGGGUGUGAUUAGUGAGUACCCACCUGACGGAGUGUAAUAAAAUUAUAACGUAAGAAGACGAUCGUAAACUAGCGUCGAUGCACGCGGUGCUGCCAGUGAAGAAGUGUGUCUUCUUGCCAGAUCUCCUCCUACAUCCGGCAAUAAGUGCGAAUUUAGAUACGUAUUUCUCGUAGAACUGUACGCAGUUGCUGUUUCUUGUCAAUAGUAGCCGCCGGUGUUCGCCAGUCCCGUCGUCGGUUUGUAUGCAGAUGGAUAUAAACAUUGGACUUUAGUGGAUCGAUACUAAUCACCAAUCACAAGCUAUCAGCUCGCAGCCAAUGCAGUGUGAAGAUUUUUUUGUGCUGUAAAUAACAAUAGUGAACCACCAUCAAUAGGGUAAACGAGGACACCUACAAUCGCCAACCGCUCUAAAGUGAAACUUUUUCGUACAAAUAGCAAAAAAAAACUUCAGAUAACGAACACACUGUAACAACCAAUUUCAUGAAUCCCGUAGUAAUCGUAACAAGCAAACUUUACAACACAAGCGGUAGUGGAUGAAAUAGAAAAAAAAACUAAAUAAAAAAAAGAGUAAAGCCAAAGCAACCACCCUGCAGGAUGACUUCGUCUACAACAACGACUGACGCGACCGUCGAUUUGCUCGCUCAAAAACGCCUCGAAUGCUUGGACAGCCUCAAUGAAACUGUGGAAUCCUCUACGCGAAUUGGACCGUUCUGCCGGGGAACCUGGGACGGUUGGCUGUGCUGGCCGGAUACUGCGGCGGGCACCUCGGCGUACGCGCUGUGUCCACAUUUCAUCACCGGAUUCGAUCCCACCAGAUUUGCACACAAAGUUUGUGACGAGCAUGGCGAAUGGUUCCGGCAUCCGUUGACGAACAAGACCUGGUCCAAUUACACAACCUGUAUAAAUUUCGAUGAUUUUGAGUGGAGGCAGCAGGUGAGAACGAUAUACGAAACAGGAUACUCCAUAUCGUUGAUUGCCCUGAUCCUUUCGCUCGGUAUUUUAAGUUACUUUAGAUCACUGAAAUGUGCUCGGAUAACGCUACACAUGAACCUGUUUGCGUCGUUUGCCACAAAUAACACACUCUGGCUGCUCUGGUACCGGAUGGUGCUGGCGGAUCCGGAAGUUUUGAGGGACAAUGGGACGCCCUGCAUCGGGCUGCAUCUGGUGCUGCACUAUUUUUUGCUGACCAACUACGCCUGGAUGCUGUGCGAGGGAUUCUAUCUGCAUACGGUGCUCGUGUCGGCAUUUGUAUCGGAGAAAAAACUGGUCCAGUGGCUGGUCGUGCUCGGAUGGACCGCGCCAGCCAUCGUCAUUACAGUGUACGGUGUUCUGCGGGCCCAAGUUAGUCCACCGGAUGACAGGAUACAAUGCUGGAUGAACGAGAGCACCUAUGCAAACGUUCUAGUAGCCCCUGUUUGCAUCUCAAUGUUGCUGAAUUUGCUGUUUCUCUGCAACAUCGUGCGGGUGGUGCUGUUAAAGCUGAAAGCCCCGGCAGGACCUCAGGGUACGGGCCCAUCCAGGACGAUACUGCAAGCGUUCCGUGCUACUUUGUUACUCGUUCCUCUGCUGGGCCUACAGUACAUGCUAACUCCGUUCCGCCCGGAUCCAGGACACCCGUACGAGCGAACAUACGAAACGAUAUCGGCAUUCACGGCAUCAUUCCAGGGCCUCUUCGUGGCGGUUCUGUUCUGCUUUUUCAACGGAGAAGUCAUCGCACAAGUCAAGCGGAAGUGGCGAACCGUAUUUCUCCGGACCCGAACCAAUUCCUACACGGCAACGCAAGUGUCCGACACAUGGACAGAAAUAUGAACCACAACCAUUCUGGAGAGGAUGGAUGGAUUAAACAAAAUAAACUAAAUGGUGUUUUAAUGUGCGAAAAAUCAAAACGAGUUUGAUACUAAACUCAUUUCUGAGCUGAUUCCAAAAAAUAUGUACCUGUGUUAACUCGUUAUUGUACGAAGACGGUAUCGAUAAGUAUUGACAUCACUCUUCUAUCAUUGCAUGGAAAAAAUUUUGGGCCUUACCAAAAUGUUUUGAAUUUGAGCUUACCAAUAAUUGUCAACCUCUGGUACAAAGGUAAGCAUGACAAAAAAGCAAGCAAAAAAUUAACAAAUAACACAAAACGAGAGAAAAAAGAGACAAAAAGACAAAAAAAACAAAGAGAUACAAAACGAAUGAAAAACACAAUAACAAAUACAAAAAGAGAAAAACAACAAUAGGACAAAAAGACAAAAUGAUAAAUAUACAAAAAGGAACCGAGAAAAGAAAAAAAAACAGAAAGUAUAAAGGCCAAAAAAUAGAGGAACAAAAAGAUUGAAAAACAGAAGUACUAACAGACAAGAGGAAAAAAGAACAAAAAAAAACAAAAUAUAAGAAAAAAGAAAAUAAACAACAGAACAAAAAAAAAUUUAAAAAGAUAAAAACGACAACAAUGAUGAAAACACAAAACAGACGAAAAAUAGAAUAUAAAAAUUUAAAAGAAACAAAGAAAAACAACCAGACAAAAGUAACCAAAAGACAAAAGAAAGAAUAAACAAAAGUAAAUCAAAAAGGAAAAGUUACCAAAGAUAGAAAGAGAUAAAAACAACAAGAAAUAAUGAAAAGACAAGAAAGAGAAGAAAAACAGAUAUAUAAAAAGAUGCAAACUUCAGGAAGACAAACAGUCAAAAUGAUGAAUUCUUUCUUCGACAAAAAAAAAACCCAAAGAGGUAAAAAGAAAUACAUUUAAAAACACAUAAGCACAAAGACAUAGAAUAAACAAAAACACAAAAAAAAA